AUAGUAACGUGUCGAUGCAACCACAACGCUCGGAAUUUAUAGCAGUUGAACUCCGAGUUGUGGCGACUCAUGCUUUGUUUUUCUUAACAAAUGCUGAUUCUAUAAAAGCGGAUCUCGUCGUCAUCUUAUUCACGAACAUUUUGUUGCCCGCAGCCCCUUGAUUAAUAGCUCGAAGAUGAUGGAAGUCGACACUCACUCGCCAUCCACAAGGAUGACACGCUCCUUCAACUAUUCACUGAAGAGGCCCCGCUCUCCUGGGUCCCCAAGCCAAGAACGCCAGCCGAAACGUUCGUCACUCGCUUUACAGGAUACAUAUCUGAGUCGACGAGCAUCUUCCAGUGUCUUUUCUGCCAACCAAAGCUCAAGCAAUCAUCAUCAACCAAGCCCAGAUGAUUGGGUGAGGCAAGCUAGCGACCUCUCUAUUGGACGCCCGAGUAGUGUCGAUCCUGUUCCUUCGCCAAGUGUGACUGGUGAUGUACAGGAUGAGAACAUGGCACUCGACCCAGAUGAACCUCUAAAGUCUUGCUCCUCGGUGUUUGUCUUUUCGCCACCACGGCCACUACAGCCAUCACGGGCACACCCUGAAACCACGCAAUCAAACACAUCACAAGCGUACAUUAGUCCUCCUCAGCACCUAUCUCAAAUCAUCGUAGGACCGGCAGAUGGGCAGCCAUUAACGCCAAGCACAACCAUGGCACACCAGCGACAGCCUUCUUCGGUAUAUGUGCAGCCUGCUAUAUCGUCGGACGGAUCAUCAAACCAACAGGAAUUACAGUCGGGGCCGACUCAAAACUAUGACUUUUUUCAGACUACAUCAUCUGAAAUGCCAAUUCCACCGCCGCCUCCGAUCAGCCAAUCUCUAGGACCCAAGUUAACCUCGGGGAGAAAGCAGCGCUUUACGAUGGGGCCACGUGCAGACUGCUUGAAGUGCAGAACGGGCGAAAAGGGGCACUGGAUGCAUUUCGACUAGACAUUGGCGUAGUAACCUUACUUAAUUUUAGAACUAUAAUACUUUACAGGUGACAACUAACUUGCGCAGCCCCACACUACCAUUCAUGCAUUUAAAAAUCACAGUGUUUUGCCUUGUUUGCCGAAA